AUGCGUGUUCUGCCUGGUGCAUUGCACGCACUGCUCUGGGCGCUUUGCAACGGUGACUGGCGGCAGUUGCUUCGACGCGCUCCGCAUGCCGUCCUCGUGGACGAGGAGAGAAGAGCAACGCCAUCGGAGCUAUUGUGGAGCCAUCAUGUCCGUCUCGGUUCGCGAGAUGCGUUCUGUGAGCUACCUGCACCGAACCUUGGUCGACGCGACGCUGCCGAGCGCGUUGCACGAUUGGCUCGCUGGGCGCCCCUGCGCCAUCGAUGCCAUUCAUGGCGCAGAGCAGAGGAGGGUCUCAGCACGUCGAAAAUUGCGUGGGUGUUCCGUGUGUGUUUCUCGACGGAAGCUGUUGCAGUGGCACCGGCGCCUUGGUUGGACCGCCUGGAGCUAGGUUGGUACAACGAGAGUCUAGACCAAUACCAUGCAAAUGGUUCGGUCACCCUGCACUAUGUGAACGGUUUUGCUCACAGAGAGAUGGCGGUGCGCUGUCAUUGUGGAGAAGGCCCGUCAAUGACGUCUUGGACAGGAGAUGCAGACGGCAACCAGACGCUGGACAUCCAGCUUCCCAGCUGUUGCCCGCUUCGUCGUCCUGAUGCCACCCCGAUGUCUUCUACAGAGGCGUUCCAUUGGCUAGCCGCACCGCUGCACAGACUGGAGCCACCGUGCCUUGCGAUGCGGCGCGGGCGCUGGGAUUUUCACUUGUGCUUCGAUGGGAACCUUACGCAGGUCAAGCUCAGCCGCUCGCCUGUGCAAAGUCCACAGGCCUUCAGCUUCCUUGGAGGCCCGGCCUUGAACGAGGUGCGCUUUGUGCCAGCGGAGCCUGCAGUGCCAGGGCAAGCCGUGGUUCACAGCACCCCGGGAGCGGACCCAGCCUCUGUUGCAUCUGCUGCGGUGCCGGCACCGCUUGCAGAGGCCCUUGCCCCGAAACAUCGGGGUGCGGGCCCCAGGGCGGCGGCAGAGCUCACGCUGCAGAGCGGAGAGGUUUGCCGGAGCUCAAAUGGCACGGAGCACCAUCAAGUGCACUUGAGGUUUAUUUGCCCAGCGAACUGGCUGAGCUCUGCACCGGACACUGCUGGCGGGCACAGUGCCCUGAUCGCCGUAGAGCGACCGCAGGGCUGCCGCUGGGUGGCCUGGGUUGCGACGCUCCUCCUGUGUGCAGAUCCUCGUUUGCGGCCGCCUCCAGCGGAGGAGAGGCGGGCGAUUCACUGCAGAGACGGCAACGAGGAAGCAGAGGGCAGGCAGCCGCAGCACCCUUCGGUGCCGGGAGAAGCAGAAACCAUCCACGAGGCCGACAGCGCAGCCGAGGGAGCGCCUCGAAGAGACCGAUCUGGCAUUUUGUUCCGUGUUGGACAGAUCGUGGUGAAUGUAGCAGAUGGCACACUUAGCGUGGUGGCUGGCUGGGACCGUGAGCCCAACCCGAAGAUACUGGCGCUUCGCCGAAGACAGAACUUGCCCGACGAGUCGACCUCCAGUCCCCACUGUUUGUUGGCAGCACUGGCAGGGCAGCUCCCGCAAGCCGGCAUCCUCCGCAGUGAUGCAAUGGGCCUUCCAGGCAAGAUCUCCUACGUUUCUCAGGACCAGCUUCAGGCUUAUCAUGGACCCCAGCCAGACCGUCUCAGAGCGGCAUCAUCACUUGGCUUCACUCCGACCGGGAGUGGAGGUUACAUGCCGAUCUCCUGGCUUGCAGCUCUUUAUCCGCUGGAUGUUCAGCUGCAGCCAGAAGGUGGUCCUGAAGCCAUCGCGGACACCACUGAACCAGGAAGCUGGAGGCCUAUCGGCCAAGAGACACUGCUGGAUCUUGUGGCCCGUCUUCAUGCGGCAUCGUCUACCUGGACACAAG